AUGUCACGCACUCCUGCUGGGUUUGCUGAUUUUUUUCCAACUGCACCUUCAGUACUCCAAAAGAAACGCAGUAAGGCUGCCCAAGACAGACAAGCACUAAAGUCAAGACAGUGUGAAAUAACUGAAACAAUACUGAACCCUGGCCUGCCAGCUCUUGAGAAAAGCGAUUGUGAUUGUGCGGUAGAUGCCACAAGUAAGACCUGUGAGAGGGAUGUCAAUGAUGCAAAUAGCGAACCACCUCAUGUGUUUUUGGGGGAACUUAACUCUGCAUCAGACAAUUCCAAUGGAACAGAACUGCCUAGUAACACCAGCACUGGCUCGUCUGUUUACAGCUCUACUUCAGUAGUUGAACUACACCUCAGUGGGACACUCCCCUGUGCCCUCAUACCACAGGCUAAUCCUGAUCCCUUGCCCCCUUGCAAGGUAGACGGCCAAUUAAGACUCAAACCGGGGGUUGCGACUCAGUUGCCAACAUGCGAUACUAGCAAUGGACCGGUUUUUUCAAAUGUGGCGCUCUAUACACCUCCAACUCCUGACAUACAUGCGCGACUAGUAAAAAAUGAUGUCUGUGGCUAUAAGAUAGUAUAUGACCCAGAUCUUGACCGAAAGUCAUCAUUGAAUGAUAAACGGAAGAAAGCACAAUAUACUCCAUUUGGUAGUAGUGGUGAGGCAGAUGUCAGAUCUUGUGACCCUCGAGUGACAAUUGCGAAUUAUACGCGCGGGUCCGCUUGCAAACAAAAAACAAAAUAUCGCCCGACACCUUAUAUCCUCCGUGUUUGGCCUUACGACCCUACAAAUUCUGUUGGCCCUAGUCCUCCAACUCAAAUUGUGGUGACAGGAUUCGAUCCAUUAACCCCUAUUGCGCCUAUAAACGCCCUUUUUUCCAGCUUUGGGGAUAUUUUAGAGAUAAAUAAUCGGACUGACCCUACAACCGGCAGAUUCUUGGGCGUCUGCUCUAUCAAGUAUAAAGAUAGUCGAGCUUUGGGUGGUCUUGCGCCUGUAUCUGCUGCCCAGGCUGUUAGAAGAGCCUAUCUUGAAUGCAAGAAUGAACAACGAAUUGGCACUCAAAGAAUUCGAGUUGAGGUAGAUCGCCAUGGCGCUGUGAGCGAUCGAAUGGUCUCUAAGAUCAUUGCGGCGCAGAGAGCCGAGUUUCCAUUUUUUGGAGAAAUAAUGAAGGUUUCCUUAAAUAAAAGUGACGCCAUGGUAGCAAACCUGGACACCAAAAAGCAGAGCGAACAAUUAAAGGACAACCUUCCACCACCAACGGCACCCAAAGGCCCCUCUGGAAAAUUCUCUGUCCAUCCUUCGCUUCUACUUCAGGGAAAUUGUCGAACCGUUGUCAAAACAUCGGUAUCUUCACGAAUUGAAGAAAUUCCUAUUCUGCAACAGAUUAAACGUGAUCCAUAUAUAUUUAUUGCCCAUUGCUAUGUCCCGGUUCUCACUACAACCGUGCCUCAUCUUGAACGGCGCUUGAAGCUCUAUGAUUGGAAAUACGUGAGAUGUGACAAGACAGGCUACUACGUUAUUUUUGAGAACUCACGCCGGGGCGAAAUGGAAACGGAACGAUGCUAUAGAAUGUGCCACAUGACGGCUCUUUUUACAUAUGUUAUGAAUAUGGAAUGCCAGCCAUACGGCAAUCCUAACUAUGAAAGAAGUCCAAGCCCGGAACGCGUGAAAGCUGAAUUAGAAGAACAGGUAGCGAAAGAAAAUCUACGAAAAGAGUUGCAAUUAGAUAUCGAGGAAGAAAAACGGCUACGCGUGGAAAACUUAGAUCCUGUACGGGAGGCCCUAAGUAUUCUUAUUUGUGAACUGAGAGAUAAGUUGCUUGAGGAUGUUAAAUCUCGUGUUGCUGCUCCGACUCUCUAUGACUACCUAGAACCUAGUCGCCACAGUGCAAAAAGACGAAAGCUUGGAAUCGCAGAACCAGAUGGUAGUAAACGAGCCGGUUUCAGUAUUGAUGCGGUAUCCGCUAUACAUCCUCGACUUGAUGCCUAUUCCCGAUGUCACCAAAUAAUUGAUUCCCCUGGCCUGAAUGUCCUGGCUCUCCCUCGAAUAAGGAAAAUUAAGGGAUGGGAGCAGGAAAAUGCUGUCUUCAUUGAUGAACGGCGCCUGGCGAAACCUAGGAAAACGGAGUUUCGCCCUCUGUACCACCGUCUUCAGCGGCUUCAUCAGCAAGAGGAGUCAGAAGAUGACCAGCAAAUAUCUUUCCUGAGAGAUACCGAAGAUGCAGAAAGUCAAAUUCCGAGCCAUGCAAGUUCGGAACCCAGUGAAUCUGAUAAUGAAGACGAUUUGAUAAAAGCGGAAUUGUUGACCGCAGAUUUACCAAAUUCGGAAGAAAACUCUAACAAUGUACCAGCUACGGAGUUGAAAACCACUGCGAAAGAUGCCACGAAUUACAUAGAGCCGGCGGAUGUCCUUCCAACGUCAUUAAAGAAGAGAAAAAGAUUAUUUCAUAAACUCCCAGCUUGCAAAAAGCAAAAAAAUGACCAACUGUUUUUCAUCGAUACAAAAGCUAUUCAAGGUGAUGGGGGAGUUCAGGCUCAAUACCUUCCGGCACCUGGAGAAUCGCUUGAUACUUCAGUUUCUGAAUCCGUAUCGCCAACCAAAGAGAAGAAGCUUAAGAUAAAGAAGACAACUACCACAGAAAUUUUCGAUGACGAACUAUCUCUUACACCGAAAGGGAUUAGAAUCAAAGAUACUAGCUUCAUACAAGGAACACCUAACCCUAUUGUUGAGGAUAUAGGAGCCUCAUCUGAGGUUCCGGAAUCGCCAUUGAAUGAGGUAGAAUGGGGUGUGUCAACAGACGAACCACGACCCACUGUGGAGGAUGAUACCAUGACUGUGCUUGACCUAGAUGGCUGGCAGAAUCUUGUGAAGGAUGAUGAGGAUAUAACAUAUCUUAAAUUAGUCUUGUCUCAUUUCACCAGGGCGAAAAUUCAUGACCUCACUGCCUGGGCUUGGAAACACAAAGAAAUUAAGGCCAUUAAUCGUGGUGGUGAAAGAGGUCUCGUACAUUGCGAAACUAGAGUUAGGGGCUAUUAUGUACCUAAUCUCUCGGGUUCGGCUAGGACGGAGCCAAGAAGAAAAAUCCGUGAAUCAGAGAAAUCGAAAUAUUUGCCUCAUCGAAUCAAAGUUCAAAAGGCUCGAGAAGAGCGAUUGGCCAAUGCGAAAAGCGACCCCCAGACAACUGCUGCGGAGGCAGCAAGACUUCUUGUCGCCAAAUCUCUGUCGAAAUCUACAUCCCGCUCCACGCGUGUAAACAAUCGCCGCCUCAUCGCUGAUAUUAAUGCACAGAAGCAGGCCCUUCCGAUGCAAAGCGGAGACAGUGAUGUUUUGAGAUUCAAUCAAUUGAAGAAGCGCAAGAAGCCCGUGAGGUUUGCUCGGUCAGCCAUUCACAAUUGGGGACUAUAUGCCGAGGAAAACAUCUCUGCCAAUGAUAUGAUCAUUGAAUACGUCGGAGAAAAAGUUCGGCAACAAGUAGCUGACAUGCGUGAAAGAAGGUACUUAAAGAGUGGGAUUGGAAGCAGUUAUUUGUUCCGUAUUGAUGAAAAUACUGUCAUUGAUGCAACCAAACGAGGUGGCAUUGCUAGGUUCAUUAACCAUAGCUGUACACCUAACUGCACUGCGAAGAUAAUUAAGGUUGAUGGAAGUAAGCGUAUUGUAAUUUACGCCUUACGGGAUAUUGAUAGAGAUGAGGAGCUCACGUACGAUUACAAGUUUGAGAGAGAAUGGGAUAGUGAUGAUAGAAUACCAUGUCUUUGUGGUUCAGCAGGAU